CUGUGACUGAAGAUAUUAUUAACGAAAUGGUCGAAUAUGGUGCCAUUAAAAAUACUAAGAAGAAUACUGAUAAUUGGGUUCGAGUUUUAAAAGAAUAUCGGUCUUCAGUUAAUUUAAAUUAUGAUAUAUCCACAAUUCUUG